AUGAGUUCUUUCAUUCACAAUGAUGGUUACGGAAACAUGACUAAUGAGAACGGAGAUGAGGUUGUUGUCUACCAAAUGAAGGGAUGCAGUCUGUCUAGAAAGAUAUACUACCAAGAUAAUGACUAUCUCGUCAUCUACCUCGUCGUCUACCUUGUACCUGAACAAGCAAUAUGUAUAUUAUUUUGCGAGGAAUACAACGAGGAUAAUGUCAAAAAAUUAACUAAAAAAGUUGAUGAUUUUGCCAAUGGUGAAAUCUGUUAUAUAAAAGAUCCAACAAAUCCAAUUAUAUGCUCCCUCAAAACCUUGAAAGCUAACUCAAAGUAUCAUCAGUACCCUACAACACUAACUAAAAAAAGUUGGACUAAAAGCAGUACACAGAGUUCUUAA